UGCUCUCCCCACUUCAAAAAGAUACAGUGGUACUAAGCAGCAUUCUUUUUCUCAAAUCAAACUAUGUUCAGAUUUCUAGCAAAGACCUCAUUGCAGACAGCAGUAGUACGCUCAAGUGUUACUCCAGCACGUGUAGCACCAUUGGCCGCGCGAUCCUUCACAACUGGUAGUGGUGAUUCAAAGAGCGACGCUAUUUGGAAACUAGGACAGUUGAACCAUGUGGCUAUUGCUGUUCCAGACCUGGAGAAAUCAACCCAGUUCUAUAAGACAGUUAUGGGAGCGCAAAUUAGCGGUGUGCAGGAAUUACCGGAACACGGUGUUUACACUGUUUUUGUCAGUCUCGGCAACACCAAGAUCGAGUUACUCCAUCCCCUCGGUGAAAAGAGCCCGAUUUCCAAGUUCUUGGAGAAGAAUAAGGAUGGCGGUAUCCAUCACAUUUGCAUAGAGGUUGAUGAUGUCUAUGCAGCGAUUAAGGACCUGACAGCUAAAAACAUUCGGGCACUGAAUCCUGAGCCCAAGAUUGGAGCUCAUAAUAAGCCUGUUGUAUUCUUGCAUCCCAAAGACUGUGGAGGUGUCUUGGUUGAAUUGGAGCAGCGUUAGGUGUGUCAUACUGAUGGAUAAUGGUAGUGUAUAGUCAAUAGUAUCAAAUCUUGUGUACAUGUACCCACAAAACCCUGGAGUACAAUAAAAUAGAAUGGCCAACGGGCGGUUGGAAAACCUAAAGAUUGAAGAACCGAUAUGACAGUUUGACCAUUCAUGCGCACUGUUGGUGCGGAUUUGUUUAAAG